AUGACAUCAGCCGCAGUCCAACUCCCCGGCCAAGGCUCUCUGCUCGCAGAAAAGCCUCAAGUCCCGGUCUCCGAAAAGCCUCACCAUGUCCAAACUACCCUCAACUUCCUCAAAGAAAACGAGGAUGGCUCGCCCCCAAACCCCACAAUCAUAGGAAAGCCAGAGACAUAUAACCAACCCGUCACCACCAUCCCAGCCACAGUCCACGACAUCAGCGGCCACGAGCUAGACUACACUCUAGACGGCAACGGCUUCCAGCUCUACUACCACGUAAGCCAGGAGAAAGACUUCCUAGACGAUGAGAAGAUCAAGAAGGAAUAUUACGCCGAAACCGAACAACUACUGAAAGACGCCACCGGCGCCUCCCGAAUCUUCAUCUUCGACCACACCGUCCGUCGCACGCCACUAGACGGUACAAUGAUCGCAGCAAUCCGCGGUCCCGUGCAGCGCGUGCACAUCGACCAAUCCUACGAAGCAUCCAGGAAAAGAGUCACCUACCAUCUCCCCGACGAAGCACCCGAGCUCUUGAAAGGUCGCUACCAGAUCAUCAACGUCUGGCGUCCGAUCAAGACCAUCCUGAAGGACCCGUUGGCUGUGGCUGAUGCGCACUCGGUCCCGGAGAGUGAUCUUGUGCCCAUCAAGCUCAUCUACCCGGACCGUGAGGGCGAGACGUACGGCGUAAAACCGGAUCCGAAUAUCAAGUGGUACUACCGGUAUGGGCAGACGCCGGACUUGGUGAUGCUUAUCAAGUGUUUUGAUUCGAAGGUUGAUGGGAGGGCGAGACGCGUGCCGCAUACUGCUUUUGUUAAUCCUGAGACGGAACAUGAGGCUGGGAGGGAAAGUAUUGAGGUGAGGGCGUUGGUUUUCCAUCCUGAGGACCGGGAUUAG